UUCCUUAGUUCUGAGGAUCGAAUUUCAACCAGGAUUUCCCUUAGGUAAGAAAGGUUAGGGGUCUUGGUGUCAGUGCCACUGGAGACAAAGGGAGGACUCAGGAUACAGAAGGUAUCUGCACUGAACUGGAGGGCUGAAGAAACUGGGAAGGAUGUCUCAUCAGACAGGGAUCCAUGCGACUGCAGAUUUGAGGCAGUUCCUGGUCAAAGCGAGGCAAGGAGCCAUCAGAGUCAUAAAGAUUGUCAUAAGGAGUGAGCAAUUAGUGUUGGGGUCCUACCGAGAGCCCUCUCAGAGCUGGGAUCGGGAUUAUGACCCAUGUGUUCUGCCUCUGUUGGACUCGUUGGAGCCAUGUUACAUCCUGUUACGUCUGGACACGCAGAACCAGCAGGGCUACGAGUGGCUCUUCAUUUCCUGGUCUCCAGAUCAGUCGCCUGUGCGACUGAAGAUGGUGUACGCUGCCACUCGUGCCACACUGAAAAAGGAGUUUGGUGGAAGUCACAUCAAAGACGAAUUAUUUGGAACCACGCAAGAAGAUGUGUGUUUUCAGGCUUACCUUCGCCACAUGUCCUCCUCCUCUAGCCCUGGUCCCCUUACUGCAGCUGAGCAGGAGCUCCAUCAGAUUAAAGCCACAGAGGACAAGGUUGUAUGGGAGGAGCGAAGACGAGCCACUACUCCGGCUGGAAGAGGAAAGGUAAACUCAACCCAGAUAAGCGUGGAGACUAAGCCGCUGAAUCUGCCGGGUUUGGCGUUCCCAUUACAGGAGGAAGCUAAACGAGCUUUACAGCUCCUCAAACAAAGGCGCAUCAACUACAUCCAGCUAAGGCUGGACACUGAGAGAGAGACAAUCGAACUGGUCCACACCAAUCCUACAGAGAUCCGUGAGCUGCCGGCCCGAAUCCCUGCUGAUGCUCCUCGCUAUCACUUCUUCCUGUAUAAACACUCAUAUCAGGGCCAGAGCGUGGAGGCUGUGGUAUUCUUCUACUCCAUGCCUGGAUACAGCUGUAGCAUCAAGGAGCGGAUGCUCUACUCCAGCUGUAAGAACCGGCUGCUGGAGGAGGUCGAGAGGGAUUACCGCAUAGAGAUCAGUAAGAAGAUGGAAAUAGAGAGUGGAGAGGGCUUGACGGAAGAGUACCUAUAUGAAGAAGUUCACCCUAAGCCACAGGCUGUGAAACAAGCCUUUGCCAAGCCAAAGGGCCCUACAGGGAAAAGGGGUAACAAGCGUCUUAUUAAGGGCGUAGGGGAGAACGGCGAAGAGAGCUAGGAGCUACUUGAAAUGAGACAAAGCCUCUAGAAAUGUUUCUCCUUAACCUGCUGUCUGACUCUGACUUCUCUUUCUGUUGUUCUGUUUUAAUUAACGCUCAUAUACUCUACUGCUAAAUGUUCUAAAAUCCACUGUACUCACAAGGCCACAACUACUAAACAAAACACUGAUUAUUUUGCAUAAUAUUCAAA